CCAGUAGUGCUGAAAGGAAUGGAACUGGGCGCUUGCACAACCAAAUGGACAGUAGAUUACUUGAGCCAAGCCGAAGGAUCUAAAGAAGUAAAGAUUCAUGUUUCUGCGGUGCCACAGAUGGAUUUCCUUAGUAAGAACUUUGUGUAUAGAACUCUGCCUUUUGAUGCAUUUGUACAAAGAGCAGCUGAAGUCAAACACAAGGAGUACUUUCUUUCUGAGGAUGAAAAGUACUAUUUGCGAUCAGUGGGUGAAGAUGCUAGGAAGGAUAUUGCAGAUAUCAGAAAACAGUUUCCUAUUUUGGCAGAAGAUGUUCAGAUUCCAGAGUAUUUUGAGAAAGAACAGUUUUUCUCCAGUGUCUUCCGCAUCAGCUCAGCUGGAUUACAGUUAUGGACACAUUAUGAUGUAAUGGAUAACUUCUUAAUCCAAGUAACAGGGAAAAAACGAGUUGUUUUGUAUAGUCCCCGAGAUGCACCGUAUUUGUAUUUAUCAGGUACUAAGUCAGAGGUGCUGGAUGUGGAUAACCCAGACUUAGAGAAAUAUCCCCUUUUUGUGAAAGCCAAGCGCUAUCAAUGUUUUCUGGAAGCAGGAGAUGUGUUAUUUAUUCCAGCUUUGUGGUUCCACAAUGUAAUUUCUGAGGAAUUUGGAGUGGCACUGAAUGUCUUUUGGAAGCACCUUCCGGCUGAGUCCUAUGAUAAGAGUGACACAGACGGAAAUAAAGAUCCCACAGCAGCCUCCAGAGCUAUACAGAUCUUGGACAGGGCCUUGAAAACACUUGAAGAACUACCUGAGGAAUAUAGGGAUUUUUAUGCUCGGAGAAUGGUGUUACGCAUCCAACAAAAAGCCUAUAGGAAUGAUUAUGGAUAAAAUAACACAUUGUAAUUCAGCA